AUGCGUCUAACUUUGAUCCCAAUUCUGGUUGGAAUUGCCCUUGGCAUCCCUCAUGGGAAGCCAUUAACCAGCUCAACAAAUGACAACAACUUGACUGUCGCCAUAGUUCGAGCACCACCAGCAAACUGGCCGCUUCCUGUGAUGAACAAAAACUGGACGGACGUGAAAUUCGACCUCGACCAGACGGUACUCAAAGCCACGAACCUUAUCACAGAUGCUGCCGAUGCUGGCGCCAAUCUAGUUGUCUUCCCUGAGCUAUGGUUUCCCGGAUACCCCAAAGGCAUAGCGAACCCUACCCUCAUGAAAGACCAUAUCCAGAACUACUUCGACAACUCUCUGGUCGUUGGAAGCCCCCAAUGGAAGACCCUCAUUGCUGCCGCCAAACGCAACAGGGUUUACAUCGCGCCGGCAUUCUCGCAUCGAGAAGGUAACUCCAUCUACAUGGCACAAGCCCUCAUUUCACCGGAGGGAAAGGUCCUUCUGCUGCGCCACAAGCUGCGGCCAUCAGGAGGUGAACGUGAGAUCUGGUCUGAUGGAACGAUGGACGAGCUCAAGGUGAUCGCAACUCCCUACGGCCGCUGGGGUCUGUUGGAAUGCUGGGAACACUUCCACCCGGCUAUGACAUUCAAUAUCCAGUCCCAGAGGGAGACAUUACACAUUGCGGCCUGGCCAUUCACCCCUGAUGAAGGUGCAACCGAUGCAGAGCCCUAUGAGACUGCUGAGAUAAAUGUGGCCUCUGCGCGGACCUACGCUGCUAAUGCAGGCGCGCCGUUUGUUUUUGCUACUGUUGGAAACGCCCGCUUCCUCGAUAGCGACGGCCUUGAUAUCAAGGUGGUGGAUGCCUCUGUCUCCUUCGACGAUGUCCCGUUGGUGUACGCAUCCUUCAAUACAACCGGGCUUGCAGGGACAGAACCAUACGAUGCCGACGGGGAGCAAUCCUGGGGGAUUCUGGAGCAGAUGAAGUCUGGAUUCCCAUCAUAUAUUCCAAACGUUCUAGGUAAACUAGUUCCACGUAAGAAGGUGUAUAUCCCAGAGCUCCUUUCCCGUGUUGUUUGA